AUGUCAGUCAGCCACAGUGAAAGGCAUAAUUACAGGGCCAGUCCCUCCUGGUAUAACUCCUACCGAAAUUUAAUCCAUCGAUGCGCCGAUCGGAUUCGGUUGACAAAUCAUCCAAUUAUAACUCAACUCAUGGCAGAGACACUUGCCACAAUAUUCCUCAUUUUCUACGGCGAUGGUGCGGUAGCUCAGAAAUUCUUUUUCUCUUCAACAUUUCUUGAAAUCAGUGUCGGUUGGGGUGCCGCGGUUGUGAUAGGGAUUAUUGUCGGUGGCAAAGCUUCUCCCGCCUUCAUGAAUCCAGCAGUUGCAUUAGCUAACGCUGUCACAGCCAGUCUGAGGUGGUCUCUUCUGCCUCUCUACAUAGUGUUGGAAGUGGUAGGCGGUUUUCUAGGGGCUGGACUUCUCCUUGCUGUGUACAACGAAAACCUGGUCCAAUAUGCUAAGGAGGAGAAUGAUGGGCACUACUAUGUCAACACAACCGGUGGCAUCUUUGUGGCUGGAAAAGGUUCCAGCGUUGGAGCUGCAGUAUUGGAUCAAAUACUCACCACCGCUUUACUCCUGUUUGGACUACUGGCUGUAGGCGACGAUCGUCUCGUCAAGAAGUCGAGCAAAUUUGCGCCUCUGCUUGCAGGCAUGGUUGUUUACAUGGCUGUUGGCACGUACACGGCUAAUGCUAGCUCCGCCUUGAACCCAGCUCGUGAUUUGGGUCCUCGUAUUCUCCUCCUUGCGUCUUACUGGGGAGUGAGCGCAUUUACGAUUGACAACUACUACUUCUGGGUUCCAGCUCUAAUGCCAUUGAUCGGUGCCGUCCUUGGAGUUAUUCUUUAUCACUUGUUAAUCGGACUCCACGCACCCCCCGUUGGAGAAUAUUCUGCGGACGACGACCAGCACACAGAAGCAGACAUGAGUGAUAAGAGCAGCUACAUCCUAAAAAAGGAUUCGACUGUCUACGAUGGCGAGGACGUGAUUUGA